GUCUACCCAACCUGGCAGAAAAUACACAAGUCCUGAGAGAGCUAACAUUAAAAAAAGCAGUUUUCAAUUGGACAGCAGAACAUGAAGCAGCAUUUAAUUUGUUACGAAAACAACUGUGUGAAGCAAUACAACUAGUCUACUUUGACAUAAACAAGACAACACAUUUACACGUUGAUGCCGGACCAAAUGGAAUUGGAGCGAUUCUUACACAACAGGACCAAGACAACAAAAUGCAUACUGUGGCCUAUGCAAGCACAACACUAACACCAAUCCAAAGGAGGUAUAGUCAAUUUGAAAAUAAAACUUUAGCUUGUACUUGGUCAACUCAACAUUUUCAUAAUUAUUUGUAUGAUUCAGAAUUUGUGUUGCAUUGUGAUAACUUACCAUUGGUUCGAAUUCUUCAAAAUUCUAAAUUAGCACCCAACGCACGAGUAGAACGGCUACUGCUUAGAAUACAACCCUAUACUUUUAAGAUUUUGCAUCAAAAAGGAGAGUCUAACCCUUCAGACUACCUCUUAAGACAUCCCUUAAAAGUUGAUGACACCAAACAAGACAAAGUUGAAGAAUAUGUACAUGUUUGCGUCAACUAUGUCCUACCCUAUGACCCUAAAAGAAGUCCAAGAUGCAUCCAAAAAUGACCCAACUAUACAAGGUCUUCGAGAAGCUCUAUCAAGGAAGAAUUAGGAAAUUAAUGAUGAAGUUUUUGGAAAUUACCUUAGGGAGUUAAAUUUGUUAAACUUAAAGAUGAACUUUCUUUUAGCAACGAUAUAUGUACUACAGAACCGAGCAGUUGAACUUGUACAUAAAGGUCAUCAAGAAAUCACGAAAACAAAACAACUCUUAAAGACAAAAGUCUGGUACCCCAACUUAGAUAUCACAAUAGAAUCGUUUGUAAAAACAUGUAUACCCUAUCAAGCUGUAACAAAAUCUUCUUGCAGAAACCCAAUAAUUUCAACCCCCUACCUUCAAACCCCUACAGAUUAUCCCUUUCAAUGCGUCGAUGUGACUACGCAGGUCCUUUUCCCAACAAUAAAUAUGUAUUUCUGAAGGUGGAUGAAUACUCCAGGUUCCCAAUUAUUGAAGUCGUAAAUUCUACAAGUUUUUCCCAGUUAAAACCAAUUCUUGAAAGCAUAUUUUCUACCUUUGGUUUUCCUGCGACGAUUAAGUCUGAUAAUGGUCCACCCUUCAACAGCCAUGAAUUGUCAUGUAAUUUUUCAAGUGGCAUGGCAGAAAGAUUGGUCAAGACAACAAAAAAGUUACUAUUAUUUUUACUGAUUUGGAAACAGGCAUUUCAAAUCCAAACUUCAAGAAUUUUUGAUCAACUGUAGGAGCACUCCACAGUUUACCACUGAAGUUUCACCCUUUGAGUCCAUAUUCCACAGAAAAAUGAACAACUUUCUACCAGCAGCUGAACAACAACCCAAAAGUGAUACAGCAAUAAGACCCAAUGAUAAGAAGAACAAGAGGAGGCAGAAAGUAUAUGCAGACCAGAAACGAAGAAUUAAAUCUCAUACAUUUCAACCAGGCGACUUAGUUUUAUGUAAACAAAUAGUUUAACCUUCUAUUUUGACGCAAAACCUUAUGAAAUUAUAAAAAUUAGUGGCAACGCAAUUUCAGCUGAACGACAAGGAAUGUUAUUGAAUGACAAGAAAUUUAUCGUUUUUCAAAAGGUUCUUUCAAGCUGUAUUUCCACCACAAAAUUCGAGUCGUUCCAGUAGUUCAUCACCACCAGUCAGGCUCCAACUAGAUGUCAGCAACAGGAAGUUGAUACAAUUACAAAUUUGUGAAGAUCAGAGAGUGGUUGACUUAUUACCACCAAGCCCCAUCAGCUUGGAAACUGAUGAUGUUGUGAAUUCUCCAAACAACCACUUCACCAACAGCGAUUGAUUGAAGAUGGCUUGUCCUAAAGAGUAAAGACAAAACAAGACAGAUAUUUUAUAACAGUUCCGAGAAGAGAACGUACCGGAACGCCUGCCACUUUAGGAGUAAUUAAUACCAAAGAGCCUAGUCGUCUUAAAACACAUGUAAUCGACCCUUAUCCGGCAUGGUCUUGGCAUGUUGACAUGGAAAAGUGUAAUUACCAUAGGAUUGUUAAUGCUUAUACGGUUUGGGCAGACGAAUGUAACAGACUUUGGGUAAUAGAUAACGCCAACAUAAAUAACGACUUCAUUUGUCCCCCUCAAAUUUUAGCUUUUGACCUAGAAUCGGAUACCCUGUUAUACAAAUAUGAGCUACCUUAUGAUCAAUAUCAUAAUAAUAACAAAUACCAAAACGUUUCAUAUUAUUCAACGCCAAUCGCAGAAGUCGAAAGUAUGGAGGAUAAUUGUAUGAAAACUUGGCUGUAUGUGGCUGAUCCUGAGGGGCCGAGAUUACUCGUAUAUAAUUUGGAAAAGAACAUUUCCUGGACGAUCCAGGAUCAGAGUUUCCAUCCGGAUCCUAAUUAUGAAUAUUAUACUGUAGGAGGUGUCAGUUUUCAUUUGGAGGAUGGAAUCUUAUCUUUAGCUCUCAGCCCUAAAACCGACCCUCCCGGAGAGAGAAAACUCUUUUACCAUGCAAUGUCAAACGUACGAGAAUCAUGGGUGUAUUUAAGGCAUUUAAAAAAUCCAGACAAUUUUAAGGAGCCUUAUGGGUCUUCCCAGUUGUUUUACACUUAUCCUACCACAAGGGAUCAGCAAAGUCCAGUGGAAGCAAUUGAUUCCAAGGGAAUAGUAUAUUUCGCGCUAUUGACUGAUGUGCUCAUAGUUAAAUGGGAUCCAACAACACCAUAUUCGAAGGAAAAUUUUAUAGUAAUUGCUGACAAUAAAACUACUAUGCAGUUUCCUACUAGUAUGAAGGUAAUACAAAAUGUACGAGAUGGGUCGGAGUAUCUAUUUGUGUUCCCCACAGCCUUCCAAAAAUUUUCAGAGCCCGUGGACCAAGAUAAAGUUAAUGUUUGCUUAUUCCGCGCUAAAUUGUAAUUUUUGUUAUUAAAUAAAGUGAACUUGACGUGA